GGCCAAGAGUUGUAUAAGGGAUAUGACCUACGUUCGCCAUUGUGCCAGCAGUGUCUCCGACCUCAAUCCGGCAGCAUUUACCGCCAGCAUUUGCCAAGCAGCUCCCUCUCUACCUCAAAGACACUUUCUGGAGGGCUCGACCGACGUAAAGCUAUUUAUAGAAGAGGAGGAUAUUGGCAUGAACACCUCGACCAGGGAGGAAGUCCAGAAGUAUGAAGAAGGACCUUCCCUAAGUAAUGCAUCGGCGACUGCGCCAACAGCGGAGAAACAAGAUCUAACAAAUGUGUAUGCAGCUGCUAAAAAGCUGGCCGAUGUCAUCAAAGGCGCCAAUGUGGAAGAUAUCAAUUCCACGAUCGAAACACUUGCCUGUCAAACUGAUUCAUUUGCCAUUUUCAAUUUCAGGGGCUAUUGGGUUCACUGCUCCACAUUGCAGCAGCCACCGGCAAUCGCGACAUCCUAA